AUGACCAACCAGGAGACCCGCUGGCCCAACCAGGGCAUGCCCAUGAACCUGGCCUACAACCGCCAGAACCCGCCCGUCUUGCCGCCCCCCGCCACCUUGGAGGCCGGCGGCCAGCAGUUCCCGCCGUUCACGUCGCUCCCCGCCUUGGGCAGCAGGGGCAGCACGGCCUCCGGCCACGUCUUUCUGAUCCCCGCCAUCAACUCCAGCGAGGACCUGCGCCUGCCGCCAGCGGGCGCCCGGCUCCCCCAGGUCCCGGGCUACGGCGCCUUGAGCUCGCACUUGCCCAACUCCAUCUACAACCUCACGCACCAAAACGAGCAGCUGCCCCCGGACGCGGCGCCCAAGCCGCAACACAGCCAGCCGCAGAGCCUGCUGCAGCUCCCGCAGAACACGGGCGGCGGCGUUCAGCCCCCGCUGCCCGAAAAGCCCGCUGCCGCGGCGCCGCAGCCGGCGCCUGCGCAAGACACGGAGCAGGCCCGCGAGGGCAGCGUGGCCGCUGACCAGCAGGGCGCGCAGAACUUGCUGGCCAUUCCGCACGGCGUCAUGAGCCGCUCGUCCGCGUCCAACGCAUACCGGCCGUUGAACGUCAAGGAUGCGUUGUCUUACUUGGACCAGGUCAAGAUCCAGUUCUACAACCAGACCGACGUGUACAACAACUUCUUGGACAUCAUGAAGGACUUCAAGUCGCAGAGCAUCGACACGCCGGGCGUCAUCGACCGCGUCUCGUCGUUGUUCCGCGGGCACCCCAACUUGAUCCAGGGCUUCAACACGUUCUUGCCGCCCGGCUACAAGAUCGAGUGCUCCUUGGACCCGUCAGACCCCAACCCCAUCCGGGUGACGACCCCCACUGGGACGACGACGCGGCCGAACUUCGGCGGCGUGCCGCAGUUCGCUCCCGCCGGCCCGCCCCAGCAGUGGGCCGACCAGGGCCAGCCCGCACAGCCCGCGCAGUUUCCGCAGGACCCGCAGCAUCUGCAAGCGGGCGCGGGCGGCCAGAUCGAGUUCAACCAUGCCAUCUCCUACGUGAACAAGAUCAAGACCCGCUUCGCCAACCAGCCCGACAUCUACAAGCAGUUCUUGGAGAUCUUGCAGACGUACCAGCGGGAGCAGAAGCCCAUCGGGGAGGUCUACGAGCAGGUGACGCAGCUUUUCGCCAACUCGCCCGAUCUCCUCAGUGACUUCAAGCAGUUCUUGCCGGACACGGGCAACCAUCAGCCCCAGUUUGCCGUGAGGGCCGAGGAUCAGGUGUUGCCCCAACAGGCCCAGCCUCAGUUGCACGGGCACGACGGCCAGGCCUACUAUGCCACGAAUGGCUCCUCUCAAUUGCCGCCUCUCGGCAACUUCCAGCCGAACGCGAGCGGCGGGGUCUUGAGCCCAGACCUGCAUUACCGCCACUUCCAGCCAAAUGUCCACGAAACCGACCAGACUGCACCAAUGGUUCAGCACCCUCUGAGAAAAAAUAGUGAGCAUCGCGCUUUCGAAAGCAACUACAAUGAGGAAGCCAGCUACUCUGGGAUCCGGGGGGCGCCGCAGGUGGGCCCCACAAAACAAAAGUCCGCUACUCCGAGCUCUUCGGUCAUGGUGGCGAAAACAAAUCCCACUCUCGUGGCUGGAAUCCCGGAGCCCGUUCCUCCAUCCUAUGUUUCUAAGACUUCUUCUUUGCUGGAGGAGCUUUCUUUCUUCGACAAGGUCAAGAAAGCUAUCGGAAACAAACAGACGUAUAACGAGUUCUUGAAAAUGUUGAAUUUGUUUUCGCAAGACAUCAUCGACAAAGAAACUCUUGUCGAAAGAGUCGAGUCUUUCUUGGGUGACAACAAUCAAGAUCUCACCAAUUGGUUCAAACAAUUCGUUGGUUAUGAGAAACCUACCCAGCACAUGGAGGACAUCACGUUCAGGAAACAUCAAAUUGAGCUCUCUUUGUGCAAGUCAUACGGACCAUCGUACCGUCAGUUGCCGAAAGUCGAGACAUAUAUGCCUUGCUCCGGAAGAGACGAGAUGUGCUGGGAAGUGUUGAACGAUGAGUUGGUGGGCCACCCAACUUGGGCUUCUGAGGAUUCAGGGUUCAUUUCUCAUAGAAAAAAUCAGUACGAGGAAAUCCUUUUCAAAAUUGAGGAGGAAAGACUCGAAUUUGACUAUCACAUGGAGGCAAAUUUGAGAACUAUUCAGACUUUGGAAACCAUUGCCAACAGAAUCGCCAACAUGACCCCAGAACAAAAGGCCAGUUUCAAGCUUCCACCAGGCUUGGGCCAUACAUCCCAAACGAUCUACAAAAAGGUGAUUCGUAAAAUUUACGAUAAAGAUAGAGGGUUUGAGGUGAUUGACGCCCUCCAUCAGAACCCUGCAGUCGCUGUUCCAGUCGUGCUCAAAAGAUUAAAACAAAAAGACGAGGAAUGGAAGCGCUCUCAAAGAGAAUGGAACAAAGUUUGGAGAGAGAUGGAGCAAAAGGUAUUUUACAAGUCCUUAGAUCAUUUGGGCUUGACAUUCAAACAGGCCGACAAGAAGUUGUUGACUGCUAAACAGCUUGUGAGUGAAAUCAGCACAGUUAAAGUUGAGCAACAAAACAAAAGAGUCCAUCCUUUGACACCUAAACCACAGGAGCAACUCAACUACAAUUUCACUGAUGAUGAUGUCAUAUUUGACGUCAUAAAACUUGCAGAGUUUUACAUAUAUCACUCUUCAAAUUACUCACUGAAUGACAGAGAUAAGCUCGGAUCGUUUUUCAAAUACUUCAUCUCACUACUUUUCGGAAUUCCGACUGAGAAAAUCUACAAGGCAUUAGAAGCUCGUUAUUCAAGAGCAGAUCAGGAAAAUGCCAAUGACAAAAACCACGAGGAUUACAGCAAUAUUACUGAUUCUAAUGGAAACGGUGAAUCUAAUUCUGGAAAGAAACGUGCUCGCGAACAGGACUUGUUACGUGAUGUCUUGAAGAAACAGUCAAAGUCUAGAAAGGAAGAGUCAGAAGAUGCUCCAUCCAGUGGCUCAGAGGAUUCACGCAAUACAGCUGAGAAAGAUGCUCCUGGCGAUUUGUGGAUAAAUACCACAUCUGCAAAAUUUUCCCUUGAGGAAACUGAAAAGGGGAAGAAAAGAGACAAGUUCAAUUUUUUCUGUCAUACGACCGCGUAUGUGUUCUUUCGCCAUUUCAGAACGUUGUAUGAACGCCUUUUGGAGAUCAAGGGCAUGGAAGAUGAUGUGGAGAAAGAAAUACGCUCACGUAAGUUUCCUCAGUUCGCCAAGGACUUGAAUUUGGUUUCACACCAGCUUCAAGAGCUUGGUGUGGAAAUUGUGGCUGGUUCAAAGGCUUGUUACCAUCAGGUUCUUAGAUUAGCCGAAAGAUUGUUAGACGGUGAGAUUGAGCAUCAAUGGUUCGAAGAGAGCUUACGCCAGGCUUACAGAAACAAAGCAUACAAGUGCUACACACUCGACAAGGUGGUUCAAUCCCUUGUGAAGCAUAUGCAUACAAUGGUUUCGGACUCAAAGACCUCUGAUAUGAUUGUUUUGUUUGAGGAGGAUAGACAUAGCCCCACAACGACAGCCAAGAAUCAAAUCUUGUAUCGUAUGAAAGCCAGAGCAUUGAUGAGCACUGAUGAGAACAUGUUCAAAAUCUCAUUUCAAGCAUCCAAUAAUUCUGUGAACAUCCAAUUUGUUGGUCUCGAUGAUUUGACGAUCAAUGAUCACACCAACUCAGAGGAAAAAUACAACUACUACGUGACGUCUUAUAUCAUGUCACAUCCUACGGAAGGUGUUCCGAUGUCAAAGAUUAGCAUGCCUUUCCACAAAAACUUCAUCAACUCAGUUGAUGAGGAUCAAUGCAAUGGGUUGGCACUGUCCCAGUUGAAGGUUUCAAUUUGCGAAAAUUCAUACCGUUUGUUCUUUGAAGCUGAAACAUGUGACAAAUUCAUAUCCAACUCGAUGUACUCAAAACAAAAAGAUACUGGGAAAUCGAAGACAGAGAAACUUGAGAUUCUUGAUAGUAUGUUAAAUGACAAGGAGUCUUUCUGGAAUGGCGAACGGAAUAACAUGCCUUCAGGAGAGUCAGAAUUCAAGCUUCUCGUGGAGAAGGGUGCAAAGGAGUACAAAAAUGCGCUUCGCGACCAAGAAAAUCAUAUGAAUGAUAUUGCCGAGAAGGCAAAAGCUGAAAAGCCCAAUUUUGAGACUGCGGAGAUGAUAAACGGCACGAAAGCGUCCAAACCUCACCCAGAUGUCACCAUCGAUGCGGACUCCACUCUAGUGCAAGAACACAAUGAUACCACCAUACAACAGGAGGCCAAUGAUGACACAAUGGAGGACGUGGGAGGAAUUGAAAAUGGAGUCAACGCAGCACGGAAUCCAUAA